CCGGGAACUCGCUCGGUGUCAACUCCACAGCCGCGUAAGAUGGUCACACAGCAGGCUGGGCGUGUCACAUCAUUUCAUUCAAAUGACCCGUCCGUCUCCUGUCAUGACAUUCAAGCCGGGGUUCGGGACCCAAGGGUUGAUUUGGUUCCUGCAAUUGGUUAUGUCCUACAUCUCAUCACUGGCCUUGCCACGCCACGCCACCCGCUGCCCCGAUGCGGAGCCGUUGGUUUUAACCUCAGGGAUAAAUCUCCUUGCCAUUAUCUAUGAGCUUUGCAUGAAAUGCGAUGGAACUGUUUCGAAUCAGUCAUACCAUCAUGGUCUAAAUCCAGAUCAACUUUUAAAAAGUGGAUGUAGCUGCGACGUCUCCUUUGACGAAUGCGACAGUUACACACCCACUGCCGACACAAGCAUAUGUGGGAUGUCUCUUCCAUGUUCAUGCUUGACAGGAACGUAGGGCAAGCUGCACGAACGGGCUUUAGCCCCGAAAUGCAAUGGUUACGCACUGCUCCAAGAUUGCCUUCCCUAGUUAGUAUUUCUCCUCUCCAAUUACCCUCUCUUGCAUCACAUCGGAAGGUAUGUCCGCAUGUCUCAGAGGGUUGUGCUGUCCUUUAAUAGGCUCAAUCUUGCGCCCACACGACCCGUGUGCCUUGUUUUGAGGCACGACUGUAAGUAUAGAUA